AUGACGGACUCCGGCAACACCACCACCACCAACCUCCCUCCAACCCCAACACCAUUCGAAACUCUCAUCCCCAAUGCCGAGAUUCCCGAAAGCUUAUCAUCUGCAGCUGCUUCACCAAAGAGUGAAGGUGCAAGCACUGAACCAGAACCCAAAGCCGUCGCGGCGGCCACUGAGUCCUCUGAAAGCAGCGGCGGCGAGGUGGUUUUUGUGGGGAGGAAGAACAGGGCCGUGUCUUGGGGUUACAGCUUGAACAUAGGAAGGAGACGAGGAAUGGAAGACACCCUUACCAUUGUUCCUUCUUUUAUGAAAAUUCCCUGUGCUUCUGUCGGCGGGUGUACAGCGCCGGAGUGUACGUACGUCACGGAGGAGUCGUCGGUUCACUACUUCGGUUUGUUUGAUGGCCACGGCGGCUCUGAGGUGAGUCGUUAUUGCUCCAAAAGCCUCCAUGAACUGUUGGCAGAGGAGUGGGAAAAAGGAAGCGGUGAAGAUCAGUGGAAUAAAAGGUGGACGGGAGCCCUUGUUAGGGCUUACAACAGAGCAGAUGAUGCACCAGAUACAGUUGGAUCCACAGCUGUGGUAGUGAUUCUGUCAGCCUGUCAGAUCAUUGUUGCCAAUUGCGGUGACUCUAGGGCUGUGCUUUGUCGUGGAAAUCAAGUGAUCCCUUUGACUGUCGACCACAAGCCUGACAGAGACGAUGAAGUAAUUAGAGUUACUGAAGCAGGGGGCAGGAUUCUGUAUGUUGGAUGCCCUACAGUUGAGGGGGUUCUCACUAUGACAAGAGCAAUAGGUGACCAAGAUCUAAAGCCGUGGAUUAUUUCAGAGCCAGAAGUUACUGUUUUGACCAGAACUGAUACUGAUGAAUGCUUGAUUCUGGCGAGUGAUGGCUUAUGGGAUGUGAUGUCUAAUGAAAAGGUGAUGGCGAUGGCUCGCAGGAUGCUGAGGGAGCUUCGCAAUCAGUAUGCAACGGCAGCCAAUGGAUCAGUCGGCCCAGCACAGUAUGUUGCAGAAGAAGUCCUCAAGAAUGCUCUUCAAACUAGUACUGAUAACGUUUCCAUUAUUGUUGUUGACCUGAAAAGGCUGAGGAGAAGGAUGCAACAAAAGGCAGAAGCCGAUAUAUGAGGAUAGAAGUUCAAAUCGUUUUGGACUGGC